AUGAAACCGUCAAUUCUUCCGCUUCAGAAAACACCCUCCAACAAUAAGUUUACUGCCAGAAGGAUAUUUCAUCCCCGAUUUUUCAAGCUCAUUCUUGUGUUGGUAGCGCUUGGUAACAUCAUCUAUAUUGCCCUUUAUAUGAUCGAUGAGGGAUCGUCUCGGCACAUCAAGAACAAGUUCAAGUCACAUGUAUCGAUCGUGUUGGACCUGUUCACCAGCGACAACGACAGCCUGGAAAAAACCCAUAACUUAAUCAACUUCGACACUUCAACGCCGGCGCCAUCGACGGGUGAGGUCCAUGACGACCUCCCGCCAACCCUGCAGGACUCAGAGCUCGCACAGAAGUUGUACACCAUCCCCGACAAGCCGUACAACGAGUUGACAGACUCGCAAAAGAUCUUACACCGACUCAACGAGAUCACCACCAACAAAGAUAAAUACUGGCUAGCACACACGGAGUUGAAGGACGUGGAGUUGUCCAUCAGCAUCAACGACUUCAUGCAAGAAACGUGGGUGAACAACCCCACGCUCUUCUACGACCCCCGGUUCACACUCUCGAUUUACAUCAACGAGAUCAAAACCCAGUUUUUGGAGAAAAACCCCCACAACGACAAAGAGAAACUCGUCGACAUCGUUGUGCCGUUCUCGUGGUCCGACUGGGUCGAUCUUACCAUGCUCAACGAGGAGUUCAUGAAGGAGGAGUCUGAUCGUAAGACCUGUGAAUAUAUGAAGGCCACCCACCAUAUGACACCCGAGGACCCAAAUUACUGUAUCAACAACCAGGACAUCACCGAUGAGGACUUGGAAGUCAUGUCACUCCCGUCUACCGAGUUUGUGCCGGGGUUCGCCGUCAAAAAGUCCCCCACAAACAAGGCCUCCAACGAGGUGCGAAUGUUGGAAGGAAAAUCGCAUCUCUUGACAUACGCCAAAAACCCUUUCAAGUUGAUUUUCCUAAGCCACGAAGGUGUGUACGAGGUCCAGGUGGAGGAGAAGAAGCGGUUGGUCGACUCUGACUUGUUUCACCACUACCUCACCAACAAGAACAUUCAGAACUACGACGCCAAAAUCAUCUUGAACCCCGUCAACGAGUUCAAAGACUUUAUGGCCAAGGUGCCGCCACAGCCACUCUCAGGGGACGACGAUGCAUUCGACAUGGUGGCCAAGAUCAAGGAUCCCGACCACCUGAAGUCCAAGGAAAUAUACUUGCCUGAAACGGUGUUUGACUAUCAACAAGACAAAAUCGACUCUCAGAUCCAGCACUACGAAGAACGGUUGACGAUGUUGAAUCUUUUGACGUCCGAUGAAUUGAUCUUCAAUGAGAAGGGCUUGGAAGACCUUCGGUUGCUGCGUAACGAAUUUAGCUACUACAAUGGCUUGAAGUAUGCUGACUCGUUUGCUCCCGACAAGGAAGAAACUUACUUCCGUAUGGCCAGGUUAACGUUUGACACCAACGACAAGAACCACGACGCCGGCUGGCACUACGAGUGGCGGUUUUUCAACGGGGCCAUGCGAUACUUGAAGAAGGGCUGGAACCGUGACGAAUUGCUCAUCAGAGAUAAGGUAUUGUUGGACCGGAUCCUUAGAAACUGGUUUCGGUUUGCUAACGAGAAGGGUAUCAUCAGUUGGAUCGCCCAUGGCCCACUUCUUUCGUGGUACUGGGAUGGACUUUUGUUCCCAUUCGAUGAAGAUAUCGACAUCCAGAUGCCUGCGGUCGAAUUGACCCGGUUGGCCAAGUUGUACAACCAGACGUUGGUAAUUGAGGAUUUGACCGAAGGCUUCGGCAAGUAUUUCAUUGACUGUUCGACGUUCUUGCAUCACCGAGGUGAGACUGGCAGACGUCAAAACCAUAUCGACGCCAGGUUCAUUGACAUCGACACCGGGUCGUACAUUGAUAUCACUGGCUUGGGAAUUUCCGACGAGCCUGCUCCAGAGAAAUACCAGGAGAUAAUCGAUGCGGCCAGCAGGGAUGGCAAGCCCAGACCUGUUUACAACUGUCGAAACUUGCAUUUCACCAGUUACGAGGAGAUCUCCCCGUUGCGGUAUUCGAUGUUGGGAGGGGUGCCAGUGUAUGUGCCCAACCAGAUCGAAAGUAUUUUGGUGGACGAAUAUCACGAUGGUAUCAAGCAGGACGAGUUCAAAGGUUGGUACUUUGUAGAUGCCAUGAAUUUGUGGAUCCACGGCAGCAACUUGACAUUUUUGUUUGAAGAAGACCCUCAGAUCGUACAGGACUACAAGGAAAGUGAUGGGCAAUUGAUUCCAGAACGUUUUCUCGAGUUGGUACGUCAAAUGGACGAUUCUAAGGUGCUCAAGUUGCUUGAGAGCAACGAGGACAUCAUGCUUGAGUACUAUCUCACCAAAAAUGCCACCGAGUUGCACAGAAAGGAGUUAUCAUACAUGUAUGAGAUGCCUAACGGUGACAAAACGUUGAUGAAGGAUGUGGGUCAUAUGCAUCCGCUGGGACAGAUAAGUGAUAACAAAGAGUAUCAUAAAUACGUGGGACAGAACUUUAAGUUCCAAAAGCCGUUUAGACGGCCUUUGUUCAACUACGAGUACAUUGACCGGCCUAAACACCACAAGACGUAUGUGACGGGGCCAUAG